AUGGUGCCGUGGAUGCGAAAAACGGAGUAUAUCAGUUCAGAGUUUACGAGGUUUGGUGUGUCGAGUGAACGGCAAGAAACCAAGGUGGGAUACAGUAUCAAGAAGAAGUUUCAAAAUGAAGUGUUGUAUCGCGAUCGUGCAUCACAGAUCGCUGCCAUCAACAAAACAUUCGAUGAGGUUGCCAAACCAGUGGUUAAUCAUCCCACGAAAAAAGGUGUUACGGCAGUUGAGGAGUUCUAUUUACUUCCAGAUUUUGAGAAUUGGAAGCAUCCAUUCGCACUGGUUGUUUUCGAUGGCGAUCCCGUACCACAAAGUGAAAAGACCGAUCCAGGAACGUUGAUGUCACAGGCACUUAUU